GAUAAUACUUCUCAAAGGAGAAAAUUCAAUCUUACCGGCGGAAAAGAGUCGCCAUAGUUCCAGAGACUGACUGAAAUGACAUUGGACCCUGGUGUAGUGUGACCAAAGGUGCCCAAUGUUUCUCGUAUAUACAAGUUCCGUCUAUUGGAAGGAAAGGAUAUAUAAAGACUAAUGUUAUUUCUGAUAAUUUGGCAUGAUCAUUUGGAAAGACUGAAAUUAUUUUGGACCCUAAUGUAGUCUGGCCAAAGACGCCGAAUGUUUCUCUGCAAGAUCAGUCUCUAAGGACGUUUACGGAGAGAAUAAACACAACACCCAAGGACACACGUCAUUUCUGAUAAUUAAGCUUGAUCUUUCGGAAAGAACUGAAAUUAUUUUUGGACCCUGAUGAAGUGCGUCGAAUGUUUCUCGUAAAAUAUCCGCCAAUUGAAUCGUUUUAAGGAGAGGAUAGACAGAAACAUAAAGACCGAUGUAAUAUCUGACGAUUCAACUUGAUCUUUCUGAAAGACCGAAACUAUCUUGAGCCCUGGAGUAUGCUUUGUUCCUUGAACAAGAUCCGUUUUUGCAAAGGAUAGCUACUUAAUAAAAUUGUUAAAUAAUUUAGCUCAAUCUUUCGGAAAGCAUAGGUCUGCAUUUUUAAAGUUCUUUUGACAGUUUGAUAUCUAUCAGAAACCAUGGGGAGUAGAGACCAGGGGAUGCAGAGUAUAGAAACAGGUGCCUACCACAACAAGUGCGCACCGGAGCCCAAGCAACCACCCCAACGGACAGGCAACCAGCAGCCAAGGGCGGGAGCGGGAGGAGCCCAGGGAGCAGGUGGAGCUGCUGGAGUAAGCGGGAGACAUACAAGAGCUGAUUACAGAGAGUGCAAUAGUGUGAUCGAGGAUAAGACGUGGAGAGAGACGGUCGGCAGGGAGAAGAAGGGGCAGAUACGAUGGGAUGAGGGCUGGGGAUUUCUCAGGGAUUUCGAUCAAAAGGGUAAUCCUAAGGUAAAACCGGAACCGCCAGAAAACCUGACCCUGUUCUCCGAGUCGGUUCCUAACACGUCAAAUCAGCGAUUCGGACACCGGCAGAAAACCGGAGCCGCCAAAGCAAUGGUCGAUCUACAACAUAGACUCAGUACAACAAACCGGAAGAAGCAUCACAAAGAAUUAGUUUGCUACGAUUGAUCACAAAUCUCCAUGAAGCACUCCAUUAACUAUUGAGCACCAUGGACGGAUCCGUUACCGGAAUUUGGUGAAACCGACCCGGUCCCGACAUAUACUCAGUAACCAACCGGAAGAAUCAUGCAUCGGGCACGUAAUUAGUUUGCUAUGACUGAUCACCGAGUUCUGUGAAAUCCUCCAUUUGCAGACUCAAACUAAUUUAAGCAUGUAUCUUGGUUAUGGAACUGUUAACGGAGUUUGGUGAAACCGACCAUCAUGGUUUUGCAUUCGAGGACAACUUUCCGGAUCGACACCUGUCCGGAUCUUAAUAUAUCUCUUUCCGACCUUCAGGAAAUAAGGACUCCUUGGUUUGGACGGAGAGCGAGCUGUAAAUUUUAUAUUGAAUAUUUAUCAGAUAUGAAUUAUGUACAAACGAUUGUGCCAAAGACUUGAAAAUGUGGACGUGUAUUGCUUUAAGAAUCGAUAUUUGGUGUAUAUUGCAACCAAGCAGUCAGACACUAUUUUCAAAGUCAACAUUAUGACAAUAGCAGUACAUUAUUUUCAACAUUUCACGGGCGGCGCCAAGGAGAGGUCAAGGGAUGACCGUCUCAGCUGCCGCCCCAUAUGUUUUCAAUUAUUUCAAGAAUAAUUUUUUUAAAGGGGAAGAGGAAUAUAAAUACAGGAAAGGGGGGGGGGGGGUGAGUGAGAAAGAAGAGUAUAAACGAUGGUGUUGGUAUAGAGAAGAAUGACGUCAACUCCAAUCUUUAUCCCAUCUUGUCCUCCCCGCCCAUAUUGAAAUACACCGCCGUCACCCUGGUGCAUAUUGCACGUAAAUCUGUUCAUGCUUUCAAGAUUAAGCUGAAAGCUCAUGUUCACGGUCAGCCAAACUACGGGAAAUCAUACAAAAGGAAAGUUUUGACCGUUAUAAGAGUUUUCAACUUUAUUUCAUUUUGAGAAGGAGGGAUAUAUUUGCCAAAAUUUUUAUAUAAUCUGCCGUUUUUAUCGGAAAAAUAUAUCAAUUUUUACAGGGUUACAUCCCUUCCCAAAAGCUUGUUUAACUAGAACAGAGAGAAAUCAGUGUUCGAAGAUAAAUUUAAAAAUAAUUUAACACUUUUAGUGCUUUUAUUAUGUAUGGUUUUACCAACAGUGGUAUUCUAUGGCCUUUCUCAAUGAAACGAAAGAAAAAAAGAAGUGCCAAUUAAGACAUCAUGUUUGAAAUCCGGUUAUUUUAGGUUGAUAAACACAUUAUGUGAAUUUGUUUAUAGUCAUUUAAUAUUGUUACAUGGGUCUGAAGUCCACUGUGCCCGGCUUGAUGCUGUAAGAGGUUCAUUCACUCAUUAGACAAACAUCUUGACAACAAUCGGGUGUUUCAAAGUCAUGUCUUACACCCCCCCCCCAAUUAUAGUUCAUGUGGUUAGGGAAGAAUCUAGAAUUUUUAUUAAAUACAUUUUUAACAUUCUUAAAUGAAAAUAGUGAUCAAGUUCAAUGUCAUUUUUUUCAUAAUUGCUCUCGGGUAUUUUGCGAUUAUAAUUUCACUCUUAUCAAUACUGUAUUUUGUAAACGGAUGCGGGACAAACCAUACUCUAGUCAUGCGCAGAAAUCCAAUUUUACAAUACAAGGAAUAUUUAUGUCGAUUUUGAGACGAGUUUAGGAGACGGUUUGUGGUAUUUUUGUCAACUCUUGUUCCGAAUUAAAGAAUGAAGAAUAAGUU